UAGGAAGGUGAAAGGUCAACUCCCCACUUAGCCGCCAGACAUCAACAAAAUAUGGCUCAAGAGCUGGCUCACCGGAUCCUCUCUGAUCUCUCCACGGCUUUCCAGCGACACCCAAACAUAGAUGAGGUUGGGUUCAUCCCUUGUCCGACCUGCCAGCAUAACCGGAGCCCAGUGGUGGUGGAGAACAACAAGCUGGGGAUAGAAACCUGGUGUCUGGAGCUCAUCUUCCCAUACGCACACGACAAGGUGCUCAGAGCGAGGGGGAGGGAUGAUAAUGGAAGAAAAAUAAAAGUUUCUAGAAGUGCUAGAAGUCUGCUGGAGGCUACGAGAGCUGUGUUAUUGGUACAGGCUGACUGCCUUACUGCCUGGAACAUAAGGAAAGAGCUCGUUGAAGCAGAAGAUUUGAAGUGUAUACAGGACCUGAAGUUUGCUGCACUGGUCCUCACCAAGCACCCAAAGAGCUCCGAGACAUUUGCUCACAGGAGAUGGCUGCUCAAGCAAAUUGUACAGAAAACAACGUCUACCUCCCUUCAACCCAGUCCUGUUUCCCAAGCUUCUCACACCAAUGGUCUUGUGGCUGGAGACCAGGCGUCUGGUGGUGCUGCAGCAGUACCGCCUCUCAACGCUAGGGGGACAAAAUCAGGAGGUGCUGAACUGCCUUGUGAUGAGAAACUUCUGGAGACAGAGCUUGCCGUGUGCCAAAGUAGUGCAGAAAGAUACCCCAGUAAUUAUUAUGCCUGGACCCACAGGGCAUGGGUGGUGGAACAGGUGGCAAGAUGUCAUUAUAAGAUCCUGAUAAAAGAGCUGUCAGACACCAGACAUUGGAUCAGCCGUCACAUUUCAGACCACAGCGGGCUCCAGUACCGCCAGUUCCUCAUCACGCAACUGGCCACACAUUUCAGGUCAGCUGAUGCCCUCCAAGAUGAGUUCCUCCCACUUCUCACUGCAGAGUUUGAACUUCUGACUGACCUGAUCACUGCCUUCCCUGGACACGAGGCCCUUUGGUAUCACAGGAGAUAUGUCUUCCAACAGUGGGAAUCUGUCCUGUCCAUGUGUAAGUGCCCAAAGUCAGACAACAGUGCCAGCAGUACUGGUAAGAACCAAACACACUUGCAGCAGGGUCACCCCGAGGUACCGGCCGAGUUGUACGCACACAGUGCCUCUUCAUUUUCCCGUGACUGCAAAGACAGCAAACUGCAUGCAACUGUGGUGCAGGGGAACAAGAAGGCGAAGGUCGACCCGGCGUACACGGAGCACCACACGCUUCAGUCGGAGCUGGAGUUAUGUCGGAAUGUCAUGGCAACGUGUCGGGAUGGAUGGCAAGUCCGACUGGCGGGCAGCUACCAACACUGGCUACAGCAGAGGAUUCUGGGACAGGACAACACAUCUCUGUAACUCAACCAUACACUUUACCCUUGUGUGUAAAAGCAUGGUCUGGAAUAUCAUGUACUGUUAAUCUUGUAGUGGUUUUCUUUUUGUGGUUUUACACAGUGACCUCUCCACUGUAUAUUCAUGGCACUGUGAAUUAUAUGUUUUCAAUGUACAUGUGUACUACAGAAUUGUUUCAACCAACUUAAAACACUGAAAAAACCUCCUUUCCCUUCUGAAAUCCUUCUGAAUGAAUGACAGCAGUUUUGAUAAAAUGACUGACUAUUGAGAACAUACGAAGUGACCCCUAAUGGAGGUCUCACAUCACAAAGUUGUGCCUAACCUGUACAUAGCAAUGGUGCCAGGAUGUACCCUGGUCAACUCGUCCAACUGCACUGGUCAACUCGGCCUACUACCCUGGUCAACUCGGCCCUCCGUCCUGGCUGUAGUCUAACUUUUAGCCGUUUUACCAUAGGAACAAUGGCAUAUUUUCCUGUCCAAGAUAAACAUUCGUUUACUGCAUCUCUUUGUCAGACAAUUAAGAACUGUUGAUUUUGAGGUUUUUGCAAACCGCCAGUGCUCAGGCAAUCAAGAUGAUUUUAAUUUUUGAAGCCCAAAAAUUUGUCUAAAUUCCUGUCUCCGAUAUUGGCCCAAGUUGACCAGGGAGGUAGGCUGAGUUUACCAGGGAGGUAGGCCAAACUGACCAGGGAGAUGGGCCGAGUUGACUAGGCCGAGUUGUUAAUGUCUGAGUCGUCGUAUGAAAGGAAAACUUGCUGGAAAGGACCUGUAACCAGGAAGUGUUGAUAAAGACUGAAAGGACAAGAUAGUGUUGGCUUCAUGUCCUUUCUCUGUGCUGUGCAAGUAGAUAUAGAUGUUAUGCUACAUUUUGGAUAUAGAGCAAGAUCAAGAUCUACGGAUAGUGUUUCUUCUUUGAGUAAUAGAGUGAUUGAUUUUCAUACCCCCUGUGUAUGUUUUUUAAGCAAUUAAUGUGAUAUUAGCUGUACAGAUUAAUUAUUUGAUGAUAAGAUGCUGGUAAAUUACAGGUGCUAUGAAAAAUCAUAGAGUAACCAGCAAUGUUUGGCAUGUUUGUUGCAUUGUGAACUUGGCUCUUUUGACCAGUUCAUGUCAGUAAGCCAUAUAGGAAGCCUUACAGUAAACCUCCUCUCUAUAACAGAAAAACAGUUGUUUGGAAUUUUAGAACAACACUAGAAGAAUUAGAUAUAAUAUAGGAAGCCUGAUACCAGUUGCCAUAACGUGAGAAGUGCUACACAUACCAUGUUGGAAUGGAGAGUUUUAGAUAGUACUAGUCACCAGCAACUUGCCUUAGUGAUAGAUGAUGUUAGGUAUAAAAUUGUCCUGAUAUAUAGAUAUUAAGCAGUUAAAGAAAUCAUAUAAAAGGAGUGUUAAUGGUUUGUGCAGAAAUGUACACAAGUCUCGGUGUGCCUUCACACAGUAUCUUAAAUCUGUUUCCAAAGUAUACUACAGUAAUUGUUAAGACACUAAAAUGGUAGAAAUAGUGAAGGAAUAUAUAUGUAGUCUAUUGUAUUACCUAUAGAAUGCUGAGUUUUGCUUUAUUGACCUUCCUUUGCGAUAUGGAAACCCAUUUUUGUUACAGCAAAAUUGUGCAUACAAUAAAAUGUCAUAUAUGCUUGCUUAUGAAUAAAUUGACUGCAGGCAGUUCAUGAUCAUGGCCUC